UAGUGCAGGAGCGCGUUGAGUGUGGCUCGCCGACUGCUCAAACUCAGGGUGUUACGUGGGAGUAAACGCAAAUCUCUUCAUUAGCACCAGUGUGCUCGAGCACCAGGUGUCCACAACACAAAAGUGGUUGCCGCGCUCAAGAGCCGACGCCGGAAGAUGGUGCAUCGGAUAACACUAGCCGUCGCCAUUGCCGGCCUGCUGGCCCAAGGCGCGUCGGGGCUGUACGCCGAUGAGGUCGGCAAGCUCGACUGGCACCGGCAAAACCUUGGGCGUUUCGCAUCGGCGGCGUUCGACGGGCGGGGUGGCAUCACUGUCGUUGGGAAGGCGUCAACAAUAUCCUCCAUAAACUCCCGAACGGGAGACCUCGGGUGGCGCCAGGUUCUCUCCCCAGAGGACACCAUCCUCGCGACAUCACUACCCCCGCGCACCCACAGCUCCAGUAACUCGGGCACGGCGACGGUCUCCUCCGGCGGCCGCAUCGUCCGCCUGUGGUCUCCCGCCGACGGCAGCAUGAUAUGGGAGACUUUUCUCGGCCGCGGGGGGGACCCCCCCUCGACGGAGCAGCCGGAGGCGCCGCCGUCGGAGAGCAGCGCGGCGGGCGUGGUCUCGACGGAGGGGGGCUACGUGGUGGUGCUAAGCGCCGGGGGUAUUCACGUCCUGUCGGCCAGCUCCGGGGCGGUGCUCGGACAAUGGUGGUGCCAGCCGGCGCGGGAGCCGGACCUGGCGGCCGUGGUCGGCCUUGAUGUUCAGGUGGCGUUCACGUCGCUUCGCUUGGCGGCGGGCGGCGGCGGCCGGCUGCUGGCCGGCGGCUGGAGCAUGAAGAACGGGUCGUCGGAGGCUGAUGCUUUCGUGGUGGCGGAGAUCAACCCCUCCGAGCGCCUGGUUACCUACAAGGCUGCCACGGUGAGUGGGAUGGGCGUUGAUCCAUCCGCGGGGGUAUCGCUAGCCCACACCCACGGCGGCUGUGGCGCUGGCGGUGGCGGCGGCAGCAGCAACAGCGGCGACAAGAAGGGACUCGCCGUUGUAGGCGUCUCCCGCGACGGGUCCUCGCUCGCCGUCUUUCCCGCAGCUUCCGACCCCCCCCUUGCCUCGCGGACGCCCCUGCCGACCGACCUGCGCGGCGCAACCGGUGCCGUUUUGGGAGUGGCCGAGCUUGCGGGGACCGACGGGGGGGUCCUCGAGCUUCGGCGAGCGGACGGGGGCUCCGUGGCGGUGUCGUUGUCGAGCGGCAAGGGCGGCAAGACUUGUGCCGUUUCGGGCCUUGAUGGCGCGAGGGAGGCGAGGUCGUGCGCCGCGGGGGGCGGCGGGUGUGCGCUUGCUGGAGGCGUGUCCGUGUCAGGGAAGACGUUCGUGGCGUCGGCGUCUAUGCUGCAAGGAGGCCCGAUCGACAAGGUGAUCGUGAGCGUGGCAGAAGUUACCGCCUUUGGCGACUUCACGGCGGCGUUGGUAGACUCUUUCGAGACCUCGUCGCCUGGGCUAGGAGGAGCCGCGUCGGGACGGAUCGAGGGGGCAUUCUUGGACGUCGGGGAGCAGGGGUUCCGGGUGUUGGUCGUGAGCGAGGAUGAUUCCGCUCAGAUGGUGGGCAGGGGCGGGGUGGAGUGGGUGGUCUUCGUGGACUCGUCGAAGGAUGAGCUGGCUAUUCUCGCCGCUUCUGCCGGGGAGGAGAUUGACCACGACGUGCCGGGCUGGAGGGAGAGGCUGCGCCUUCAUCGCCUAGAGCUGACGGUGUCGCAAAGGUCUCUCUACGCCGCGACGGGCCUCCGGCUCCCGGGGUCUGAACUGCUGGACGCGGCCGACGCCUCGCACUCCGCCUUCGGGCUGAAGAAGCUGGCCGUCUGCACCACUGCCGCCGGCAAGAUGUUCGCUCUCGACAUGGCCGACGGCUCGGUUACGUGGUCCCUAUUCCGCCCCUCCUGGAUGCCCUCGGGCGCCAAGGUUCUCCUUCACGCCACACGCAGCAAAGGUGCCUUGGGCUACAGUCCCGAGGUGGCCGUGAUCGCCGUGGGGGAGGUCAAGACCGUAGUUUCGGGACUCGACGCGCUCACCGGCCUUGAGACCUACCGCGAGGAGCUGGACCUGAAGGUGGAUUCUGCGGUGCCCCUGGGCGUGAAGGACGGCCAGGAGCGGAACAUCAUCAUGCUGGUCGACAGGCAAGUUCACGCGGUGCCCCGUUCAGCGGAGGCCUCGAGUGCUCUCCGCGGCCUCCUGCCGCAUCUCUUCUACCACAGCCUUUCGGAGACCGGCCUGGAGAGCUUCAGUGUGGUGUCAACCGCUCCGGGGGAUGAAAGCGACAUGGAUGAAGGCCCGCUUGGUUCGGCGACUGUGGCAUCCGUACCAUUCAACCCUAAACGGUCUAAGGUUGUCGCUACGGCAUACCCCGACCGAAGGGAUGGGGUGCAGACGCCGGCGCACACCCUAGGGGACGACUCUCUGCUGAUCAAGUACAUCAACCCCAGGCUGUUCGCCUUCGCCACCCUCUCCCCAGAGGAAGCGGAGUCGGAAGAGUGGGCUGGGGACGACGCGGGGCAGUUGAACGGCAAAGGCCAGGAGCUCACGGUGACCCUGGUGGACUACGUCUCUGGUCGAGUGCUUCACCGCAUCUCCCACAAGGGCGCGGCCGAGCCAGUGCACAUGCAGGUUUCCGAGUCUUGGGUGGUGUACUCAUACUGGAGCGCGGCGUCUCACCGCACCGAGAUGUCAACCCUGAGUCUGUACGAAGGGAUGAUUGACAAGUACGGCCUGAGCCCUUUCAACAGGCCGGAGUGGAAGGAGGAAUUCUCGUCGUUCGAGUCGAGAGUGCCGAUCGUGCUCCAGAAGACGUUCAUCUUCCCACUGCCGGUGACCGCCUUGGGUAUUACCCUUACUCAGUACGGCAUUACCUCGAAGAACAUUCUCGUCGGGACGGCAGUCGGUCAGGUUAUCGAGCGCGUAGACCGAGUCCUCACCGAGCCAACCGGGCUGGAAUCUACCUCUCUUGUCUUGGCGCUGGGCCUCGACAUUUUCGGGGCUCGCGUGGCGCCAUCGAAGACGUACGACAUGCUUGACCCCAACUUCAACUACGCCCUGCUCGCGCUGGUGCUCGGAGCUAUGGCCACCGCCGUAGGGGUAGCAAAUAGGCUGGCAGCGCACAAGCGACUAUCGGAACAGUGGGCAUAGGGGGGGGGGGGGGGGGGGGNNNNGGGGGGGGGGGGGGGGGGGGGGGGGGGGGGGGGGGGGGUACGUGUCUGUGCUGGUAUUUGUUUUUGCUGGGUUUUGGUGUGAUAUCUGUUUCGGCGUGACUGGAAUAUGGGCCUCGUCUAGCCAACGUGUUUUGUGCUGUCGUUGUUGGUCGCAUGGUGGAGCUGAGUAUCAGAAACAGUCUGCCAUGCCCCCGCGUCGCUCUUUUUCUGCUCUUUGUUGUGAGCCUCGUGCACCGGUUUUGGUUCUGGUUCUGUUGAGCACCCCAGGAGCGAGGGCUUACGACAAGGGGAGGCGUUCAGCAGGAUUGUAGCUUUCAGCGAAAGAUCGAGAAGUUAUCAGCCAUGUUGGCAACCGCGCCAUUCAGGUAGUGGACAAGGUAGCGGAAGAUGUGGGCUGUCAGGAGUCCGGGGAGUGUGAGGCCCAAUCGAACGCAGAGAACUCAGAGCUUUCCGGGCUAAUUGGAAAUACGCCAUACCUGUGGGUCAGCCAAGUGCAGCAGCGCCGUUGUGAAGUCGGAAACAUACGCCAGCCUUGCAUACAAAAUACGUCUGGACGUGGCUCAAAAUCGCUUCAUCGCUUGUAUUCUGAACGGAGAGUGCAAGGGCUCCACAGAAGCGGUUGCUGCUGCGCGCUCUUGUUGCCUCCCGGUUUUCAGCUUCUGGUUCAGAAAAUGGAAAGGUCUGUACAGAUGGUACUGCUUUAGACUAGUCUG